CUGAAGCAAUUAGCUCUCCAACUUCCUUCUCUCCCGGAAGAAGUCAAAGAAUUAUAUGAGCUCCAUUACCCGCAGACGACCUUUCCCCGCAAAGUUACCUUGUUGCAAGCUCUCAAUUCCGUGAUCGAUCGAUUCUCGCGCGUGUUUAUCCUUAUCGACGCACUUGACGAAUGCCAGGACGAACGAAACCGAGCAUACUUCCUUGGCCUCAUCAGAGAUCUUGCACCAUGGAUCAAUACAUUGGUCACUUCACGACCGAUUGCACUCAUUGAAGACUCGUUCAAGAGAUGCUUACGAGAAGAGAUCCGGACACCCGAAGAAGAUAUUCGCAACUAUGUGGAAUCGGAAAUCGCUAGCGAGAAGUUUGUUCUAGGUCGACAACUAUCCUCAGUACCGGACCUUCGCGCUAGUAUUAUAGAUGGCAUUGUUACUAAGGCACAAGGAAUGUUCUUGCAUGCUCAGUUCCACGUGAACCACUUGGCAACGAAGCAUAACGUGCGAAGUCUCUGUGAAGCCUUGAGAGAUCUUCCGAAGAGCUCGGGAGAGAUCUUUCGGAAAGCGAUGGGGAGGUUGACGAGUCAGAAUCCCGAGGCCGUUCACCUGGCUGAAAAAACGCUACUCUGGAUCGUCAACGCAUCACGGCCGCUUCGGGUCAAGGAGAUUCAGCAUGUGUUGGCUGUGCAAAAAGGGGAUGUCGAUAGCGAUGAACACGCACUUACUGCACCCUCGUACAUCCUCUCACUAUGCGCCGGCUUAGUAGCCAUCGAUGAGAGAAGCGGCAUUUGUCGCCUAGUUCAUUACACGGCGCAGGACUUUUUCACGGAGAACCGAGCUAGAUAUUCCCCCUGGGGUCAUGUUGGCAUGGCAUCUACUUGCUUACAGUAUCUU